AUGUCGGACCGGAGCGCCCCGGGCUGCCGGCUCAGACUGGACUGGGUCUACGGGUACCGGGGCCACCAGUGCCGGAAUAACCUGUACUACACAGCCGGGAAGGAGUUGGUGUACUUCGUGGCCGGCGUUGGCGUAGUUUACAACACCAGGGAGCACAGCCAGAGGUUUUACCUGGGACACAACGAUGACAUCAUCAGCCUGGCGUUGCACCCAGAGCGCUCCCUGGUGGCGACGGGUCAGGUGGGGAAGGAUCCUUACGUGUGUGUGUGGGAUUCCUUCACCGUGCAGACCGUCUCGCUGCUCCGCGACGGACACACGCACGGCAUCGCCUGCCUCGCCUUCAGCGCUGACGGACAGCGUUUAGCCUCGGUCGGCCUCGAUGCCAAAAACACAGUGUGUAUCUGGGAGUGGAAGAGAGGGAAGAUCCUGGCUACAGCCACCGGACACUCAGACAGGAUCUUCGAUAUCUGCUGGGAUUUAUUUCAGCAGAAACGUCUAGUGAGCUGCGGAGUCAAACACAUCAAGUUCUGGUCUCUGUGUGGUAACGCUCUCAGUCCAAAGAGGGGGAUUUUUGGGAAGACGGGCGACCUGCAGACCAUCCUGUGCGUGGCGUCAGCUAAAGAUGACAUCACGUACUCCGGGGCGCUCAACGGGGACAUUUACGUCUGGAAGGGGCUCAACCUGAUAAAAACUGUUCAGGCUGCCCACGGAGCUGGUAUCUUCAGCAUGUAUUCCUGUGAGGAGGGUUUUGCCACGGGAGGCAGAGACGGCUGCAUCCGACUGUGGGACUUUGACUUCAAACCCAUCACCAAGAUCGACCUGCGAGAGGCGGAGCAGGGGUACAAAGGUCUGUCUAUUCGCAGCGUCUGCUGGCGAGCCGACCGGAUCCUGGCGGGAACGCAGGACAGCGAGAUCUUUGAGGUGAUGGUGAGGGACCGAGACAAGCCGCUGCUGAUCAUGCAGGGACACAGCGAGGGCGAGCUCUGGGCGCUGGACGUUCACCCCAAAAAACCUCUGGCUGUCACCGGCAGCGACGACCGCUCUGUCAGGUUGUGGAGUCUGGUGGAUCACACCCUCAUCGCUCGCUGUAACAUGGAGGAGGCGGUACGGAGCGUGGCGUUCAGCGUGGACGGAUCCCAGCUGGCUCUGGGCAUGAAGGACGGAUCCUUCACAGUGCUGAGAGUCAGAGACAUGACCGAGGUGGUUCACAUCAAAGACAGGAAGGAGGUGAUUCACGAGAUGAAGUUUUCUCCAGAUGGAGCGUACCUGGCUGUCGGCUCCAACGACGGACUCGUGGACAUCUACGCUGUCGCCCAGAGAUACAAGAAGGUAGGAGAAUGCAGUAAAUCCAGCAGCUUCAUCACACACCUGGACUGGUCUCUGGACAGCAAAAUGCUGCAGAGCAACGACGGAGCUGGAGAACGACUCUUCUACCGGAUGCCCAUGGGGAAGCCGAUCACCAGUAAGGAAGAGGUGAAAGGUCAGCGCUGGGCGUCUUGGAGUGGCGUCCUGGGUUCGGAGGUCAGCGGUAUCUGGUCUAAAUACGCAGACGUAACCGAGAUCAACGCCGUGGACGCCAAUCAUGCCGCCGCCGUGCUCGUUACCGGGGACGACCUCGGCCUCGUUAAGCUCUUCCGCUUCCCCUGUCUCAGGAAAGGAGCCAAAUUCAAGAAGUACAUCGGCCACUCGGCCCAUGUGACUAACGUGCGCUGGUCACAUGACCUGCAGUUUCUGACUACAGGCGGAGCCGACCACGCUCUCUUCCAGUGGAGGUUCCUCCCCGAGUCCGUGAUGAACGGAGGACCGGACGUCAAUAUACAAGAAAGUCACGGAGACUCUAACAGCGAGGAGUCGGACAGCGACGUGUCGGACGUCCCGGAGCUCGACUCCGACAUCGAGCAGGAAACACAGAUCACCUACGACAGACAGGGUUUUGUGACGGGCGGGAAGGACGGAGUGGUGGAGCUGUGGGACGACAUGUUCGACCGCUGCCUGAAGACGUACGCCAUCAAGAGAGCGGCGCUGUCCCCCGGCUCCAAAGGCCUGCUGCUGGAGGACAACCCGUCCAUCAGGGCCAUCACUCUGGGUCACGGUCACAUCCUGGUAGGAACCAAAAACGGUGAAGUUCUGGAGAUCGACAAAACCGGACCGAUGACUCUACUGGUUCAGGGUCAUAUGGAGGGAGAGGUUUGGGGUCUGGCGUCUCACCCGCUCCUCCCCGUCUGCGCCACCGUCAGCGACGAUAAAACGCUGCGGCUGUGGGAGACGUCAGCCAAUCACCGCAUGGUGGCCGUCCGCAAGCUGAAGAGAGGCGGCCGCUGCUGUUCCUUCUCUCCUGAUGGGAAGGCGUUGGUUGUCGGUCUGAGCGACGGCGGCGUGCUGGUGGUGAACGCCGACACGCUGGAGGAUCUGCUGAGCUUCCACCAUCGCAGAGACGCUAUAUCUGACGUCCGCUUCACACCAGACUCCGGUAAAUAUCUGGCGGUGGCGUCACAUGACAGCUUCGUGGACAUCUACAAUGUGCCGAGCAGUAAGAGAGUCGGGAUCUGUAAAGGACCGUCCAGCUACAUCACACACAUCGACUGGGACGCUCGAGGUAAACUGCUGCAGGUGAACACAGGAGCCAAAGAGCAACUUUUCUUUGAAGCCCCGAGAGGAAAGAGACAAACCAUCAGAAACUCUGAGCUGGAGCGGGUGGAGUGGUCGAGCUGGACGUGUGUUUUGGGUUCGAGCUGUGAGGGAAUCUGGCCGACGCACAGCGACAUCACCGACAUCAACGCCGCGUCGCUCACCAGAGACCGAACGCUGCUCGCCACCGGAGACGACUUCGGCUUCCUCAAACUGUUCAGCUACCCCGUCAGAGGUCAGUACGCUCGUUUUAAGCGUUACGUGGGCCACAGCGCCCAUGUGACCAACGUCCGCUGGGCUCAGGACGACUCGGCCCUCCUGACGGUGGGAGGGGCCGACACCGCCUUGAUGAUCUGGGCCAGGGAGCGAGGAGGAGGGGUCGCCGCGGACGGGGAGGGGCCUUUGUUUCGUGAUAACCGUCCGCCUGUGGACAGCGAGGAGUCAGACGACGACAUCGAGGAGGACGGAGGCUACGACAGCGAUGUAGCGCGGGAGAAGACGGUGGAUUACCCGACCAAGAUGUACGCUGUCAGCAUCAGAGAGAUGAGAGGAACCAAACCUCACCAACAGCUGAAAGAGCUGUCUGCUGAAGAGAGGCAGGGCAUUGUCAAGGGAUCCAGGCCUCCGGUGAGCCGAGCUGCACCGCAGCCGGAGAAACUCCAGAAGAACAACGUCUCCAAGAAGAAGAGAGUGGUGGAGGACAUGAUUUUGGAUCACGUGUUUGGUUUUCGUGGCUUCGAUUGUCGUAACAACCUUCACUACCUCAACGACGGCGCCGACAUCGUCUACCAUACUGCCGCCACUGCCAUCGUCCACAGCCUCAGCACUGGAACUCAGAGUUUCUACCUGGAACACAACGAUGACAUCCUCUCUCUGACCGUCAACCAGCACCCGAAAUACAAGAAUGUCAUCGCCUCCGGACAGAUCGGUGACGUCUGUGAACUCCCAGGCACGACUCCUUCCAUCCACGUGUGGGACGCGAUGAGCAAACAGACGCUGUCCAUCCUCCGCUGUCCUCACACUAAAGGCGUCGGCUACGUGAACUUCAGCGCCACGGGGAAGCUGCUGCUGUCUGUCGGAGUGGAGCCUGAACACACCAUCACUGUGUGGCGCUGGCAGGAAGGGUCCAAAGUGUGCAGUAAAGCCGGACACCCCGACCGGAUCUUCGUGGUGGAGUUCAGACCAGACUCGGACUCCCAGUUCGUGUCGGUGGGAAUCAAACACGUGAAGUUCUGGACGCUGGCCGGCGGCGCUCUGAUGUACAAGAAGGGCGUAGUGGGAACGGUGGAGGACGGCAGGAUGCAGACGAUGCUGUCUGUCGCCUUCGGUGCUAAUAACUUGACAUUCACUGGAGCCAUUAACGGGGACGUGUACGUGUGGAGGGACCACUACCUGCUGAGGGUGGUGGCGAAGGCUCACACCGGGCCGGUUUUCACCAUGUACACCACGCUGAGAGACGGGCUCAUCGUCACCGGCGGCAAGGAGAGACCGACUAAGGAAGGCGGUGCGGUGAAGCUCUGGGAUCAGGAGAUGAAGCGUUGCCGAGCGUUCCAGCUGGAGACGGGGCAGCAGGUGGAGUGUGUCCGAUCCGUCUGCAGGGGAAAGGGUAAGAUCCUGGUGGGCACGAAGGACGGGGAGAUCAUCGAGGUCGGGGAGAAGAACGCGGCGUCCAACCUGCUGCUGGACAGUCACGCUCGGGGAGGAAUCUGGGGUCUGACUGCUCAUCCUACUAAAGAGCUCUGCAUCACCGCCAGCGACGAUGCCACCAUCAGACUCUGGGACCUCACGGACAAGAAACUGUUGAACAAGGUGUGUGUUGGUCACGGGGCCCGUUGUGUGAGCUACAGCGCAGACGGAGAGAUGCUGGCUGUGGGGAUGAAGAACGGCGAGUUCCUCCUCCUCCUCGCCAACUCGCUCAAGAUGUGGGCGAAGAAACGAGACCGCAGCCACGCCAUCCAAGACAUCCGGUUCAGUCCCGACCGGAGGUUGUUGGCGGUCGGAUCGGUGGAGAACACGGUGGAUGUUUACGAUGUGAGCGGAGGACCGGGUCUGAACCGUCUGGUUUACUGCAGCGACAUCCCUGCUUUCAUCCUGCAGCUCGACUUCUCUGCUGACAGCUGCUACAUACAGGUGUCCACAGGAGAUUAUAAGAGGCAGGUGUUUGAGGUUCCUUCAGGGAAGCUGGUGAGCGACCAGGCAGUCAUUGACAGAAUCACCUGGGCUACCUGGACCAGUAUUCUGGGAGAUGAAGUUCUCGGGAUUUGGCCGCGAAAUGCAGACAAAGCCGACGUCAACUGUGCGUGUGUGUCGCACGCUGGCCUCAACAUCGCCACUGGCGACGACUUCGGAUUGGUCAAACUCUUCGACUUCCCCUGCACUGAGAAGUUUGCCAAACACAAGCGCUACCUCGGCCACUCGGCUCACGUGACCAACAUCCGCUUCUCCCACGACGACAAAUACGUGAUCAGCACAGGAGGAGACGACUGCAGUGUGUUUGUGUGGAAAUGCCUGUAA